CGAGUGCACGCGUCACGUGCGGCAAGCCAGCGUGGCAGCAGCAACGGCGGCAACGCCACCCCACAUGCACCGUGGGCCGAAGUAUUGAGCCUUUUAAAAUGCGGCCCAAAGAACAUUAUGAGCUUAUUUUUGAUGUCAUACCGAGACUAUAUGACAUCAAUUCAAAGGUCUUCAUCACAAAUUUGAACAGUAUAGAGGAGCAGCUGAAGAGUCUGCCGCUCAAGUUCUGCAAGAUGUACACAACGCGUCCUCUGUCGGAUCAACUGAAGCUUUAUCUAAGCAAUCGCAGUGGUGUUUGCCUAUCGCCGUGUGAUUUCCACAUAGUCGAGGAAAUGCAGCCCUUCAUGCUGCGACUCAUCAACGGUCGAGUGCUGGAGGUGAUGAUGUGUGCCGGCAAUGAACUCGGCAACAGUCUGGUGCUGCUCAUUCGGAGGCCGCAGGACGGACGCCUCAUCUACUUCUACUCGGCAGUGCAGCAGGAUGAUUUGGGACGGUUGCUCGGCCAGUCCAUAUUCAAUGAGUGGAUAGCUGGGGGCACGGACUUGUUAUUUUUGAAUCUCAAAGGGGCAGAGCGUAGCUUUAGUCACGUGGACUUCGAUGCCGUCGCCGCAGAUGUGGUUCAGUAUGGAAAAGAACACAAUUCUGGGACGGUGGUGAAGUUGCCGCUCUUUGGCUGGGAACAUGUGGUUCGGCAGCUGGCCUUGCGUUUGCCGGGAAAAGUUCGUCUAAUGGGCUCAUAUGAAAGGAUUUAUCGCUGCUUGGGCCAGGAUAUGCGACGCUUCGAGGAUCCCUACUAUGCUGCUUGCGUCUAUAUAUAUGACCAAUCUUCCUAUGUCCCACAACCGAAUAUGGUUGAGUUCCCAUUGAAGCGAUUGCUCUGGUCCCCCUUGCCCACCCGCAUUAAUCUGAUUCAGUUGUGCAGUCUGCUGCGGCCCGAUCAUAUCAGCGGCAUUGUCCAGUACCAUGACAAGGGCAAUGUUCCGCCAGCGCCCACGUAUCUCCAGCGUUAUCGUGCCACUUUCAAAGGCUCUUCUGCUCCUGCGGAUGCAGCAAACGAGUCCCGUACUCAGCAGCCUGCAGCCUUUGUGGCCAAUGCAAAUGCUUCUGAAGCGCUUAAUAGGAAAACUAUGCCGACCGUUUUCCCAGUGCGUCGUGCUCAAAUAUGCUAUGACGGGGAUGAAAGCGACGAAAGCGACCUUUGAACACAAUUUUCAUUUUGGGAAAGAUUUCGCGGAGCUUUUCCAGUUCUCUAUUUCUUUAUUUUCCUAUAACAAGUAUGGAGGCGAUGAUAGCGACCUUUGAACACAAUUUUCAUUUUGGAAAAGAUUUCCAGGAGCUUUUCCAGUUCUUUAUUUCUUCAUUUUGCUAUAACGAGUUUGGACGCGAUGAUAGCGAUGG